GCAGGGCAGGGAGGGGGAGCUGUGGAAUGGCGGACGGCCGGGCUGGCCCGCCCUGGUGGUAACGAGCCGAGCGGGCCGAAGGGGACAAGCCGCGGAGAGGGGUGAGUGUGAGCGGGGCGAGCGGGGACCCCCGGGCCUCCCAGCCCUCCUCUUAUUGCUGGGAGAACAGUGCCUGAAGCAGGUCCACCAUGCCGUUAGUAACGAGGAACAUUGAGCCAAGGCACCUGUGCCGUCAGACGUUGCCUAGCGUUCGAAGCGAGCUGGAAUGCAUGACCAACAUCACCCUGGCAAAUGUCAUUCGACAGCUGGGCAGCCUGAGUAAAUUUGCAGAAGACAUAUUUGGAGAGUUGUUUACUCAAGCCAACACCUUUGCCUCUCGGGUGAGCAUUCUAGUUGAGAGAGUUGACCGCUUGCAAGUCAAAGUCACUCAGCUGGAUCCCAAAGAGGAGGAAGUCUCCCUGCAAGGCAUUAACACCAGGAAGGCCUUCAAAAGCUCCACUACUCAGGACCAGAAGCUCUUUGACAGGGAUUCUCUCCCUGUGCCUGUCCUUGAAACCUAUAGGACCUGCAAUACUCCUCCACCUCUCAACAUCCUCUCACCUUACAGGGACGAUGGCAAGGAGGCACUUAAAUUCUACACGGAUCCUUCCUAUUUCUUUGACCUUUGGAAAGAGAAAAUGCUCCAGGACACAAAGGAUAUUAUGAAAGAGAAGCGGAAACAUAGGAAAGAGAAAAAGGAGAAUCCGAAUCGAGGGAAUGUGAAUCCACGAAAAAUCAAAACCCGGAAAGAAGAGUGGGAGAAGCUGAAAAUGGGACAAGAAUUUGUUGAGUCAAAGGACAAACAUGGUCCUGCUGGGUACCCCUCUAACAUGGUGUAUCAGAACGGCAGCAUCGGUUCCAACGAAAGCAUGGACGUGAACUGCUACCCGCCACCGCCGCAGACUGACUCUAUUGUGCCACCACCUCCUUCAUUCCCAGAUGACAGCCUGCCUCCACCCCCGGUGGAAUUUAGCUAUCCUAUAGACAACCAAAGAGGUUCUGGUUCUGGAGGGACCAAACGAUCCAGCCUGGUCAGCCCCAGUCACCCACCACCAGCUCCUCCCAUUGGAUCCCCCUCAACCAGCAGGCCGGGCUUUGCUCCCCCUCCGGCGCCACCGCCGCCACCACCACUGAUGGGCAGCGCGCCCCCUCCACCACCUCCCAUGGGGUUCCCGUCACCGGGAACACCACCACCCCCCUCACCCCCUUCUUUCCCUCCUCACCCCGAGUUUGCUGCCCCGCCACCACCAUCUCCCCCUCCAGCAGUCGAGUAUGCCAGCGUGCUCCCGCCUCCGCUGCCGCAGGCGGGCAGUGGGAGUGCGCCACCUCCCCCUCCACCACCACCGCCUCCUGGCCCACCCCCUCUGUCUUCUGGUGGCCUGGAUGGCCCCCCACCUCCCCCUCCGCCCUCAGACACCUCCACCUCCAAGCCCAAGUCAUCCUUGCCUGCGGUUAGCGAUGCCAGGAGUGAUCUGCUUUCAGCUAUUCGCCAGGGCUUCCAGCUUCGCAAGGUGGAGGAGCAGCGGGAGCAGGAGAAACGGGACGUUGUGGGCAAUGAUGUGGCCACGAUCCUGUCGCGCCGCAUCGCUGUGGAGUACAGCGACUCUGAGGACGACUCUUCCGAGUUCGAUGAGGACGAAUGGUCGGAUUAACCACAGCCCACUCCCCUCCUUCCCCUUCUCUCCUGAGUUAACCUCUUCUUAAAGAAUCAGGUGGCCAAACCUUCCACCACUUCCCUUUUCAACCUGUAACCAAAGAUGUGCCAAGGGUUUUGAGAACCAGCAGCAUAUCUCCCCUCUCCCUCCCCCCUCCAGCUUUGGCAGUGCUUUGUGCUCUGCCUUUUCCAAAGGUCUCCUCAUGGACACUGCCAGGGUGGUGUUGGGAUUUAGCUGGAGGGGGUGUAACGGUUGCUUAUUUAAAAGAGAGCUAAACCUCCAGCUUCUCGAUACCACCAGGCAGAGCACAUCUAAACCCUCCAUCCGGAGGGAUUUUGAAAGUAAAGAUGGAUGAUCCUGGUGCGGCCGGAUGGCCUUUCAGAUGAAGGACAUUUUCAGCUAGUUUUCUCAUGGCAACAGCAGAUCUGAUGGUUCUCCCUUUCCAGUGAACACUGGUAGUGCUGCAAGAAAAUGGGCUUGAAAUGUCAGUUCUCUGCUGCAUCCCACUGUCAAAUCAUCAGGUUUUGGCAAUAGCGCACAAUUCUUUCCCCUCUGACCCCCUAGUGUUAAUUCCAGACUGCCCUGCUUGGGGUGUGCUUCCUCGCUCCAGGGCUGUGGAACGCUUAGGGUGCAAUGUGAGGAGGGAGUUCUUUAAUGGUAAAAGCUGCCUUUACCUUC